AUGCCUGACGAGUUCCACUUUCAGUCGAUUGCCCAGCUUGAGGCCUCGGUGCAGUAUUCACAAUUGCUGGCUCACAAAAACAAGAAUUCGGGUGCUCAAGAAAUCAGCUCGAUUGAAAACGAAUUAAGGAUGUGGUUUGAUUACUUUGAAGACCUUCUAUUUCCGCUACAUUACGAAUCCUCACAAAACAAGAGCUAUUCUCCAACUCUUUUCCUGACGGCUUAUAAAUUGCUAAUUCGAUACGUCGAUAUUCUUUUGGAAUUUAUGCCCUAUUUCUUGGAGCCAUAUGCUUCCUUUAGACAUCAUAUCGAUUCUCUUUUGAAAUUUCCAAUUGCUAAGUUUAGAGAAGAUCCAACCUCCGUUUGGAGAAAUUCGGUUAUUUCAUUGCAUUUACUGAACAUUUUCAAAAAGGCUAUCCGUUCUUCUGCAGACAAGAAAAACUUUAUCUUCAAGGAUUCUUCCAUUUCAUCCAUAAAGGUUCUACCGUGCAAAUUUGCUCUAAAUUUCUAUUUGGCCGAGAUCGAAGCCCAUUGCAGGCUUUUUUUGAAUGCAUCUCCUUCUAUCUAUUCUGGUGAAGAGGUCACGUCUGGGGAGGAGAUAUUCUCAUCGUUGCUUGAACAAAUUCACGAUUUGUUUCCUGAAAUGGUGACAUCUAAUUUGAGUUUUCUAUGCAAACCAGAGAACAUUUCUCUGCAUUCCUUUGCGCUUCAAGUUUUUGAGGAAAAUAAAACAUUUCCAGAUCUUGAAUAUCCAAAGAUCGGAUAUGUUCAAUUCAACCUUUGUUUCCCCAAACUCGUUUCAACAAUUUCUCUUUCAAAAGAUGUUGAUUGCAUAAAGCUAGAACUAAUUCUGCUUUGCAUUGACUUUUUCAUAAUGGCAUCCAUAUCAACAUAUCAAAGUWUAUAUGAUUCAAAGGCGUCUUUGCAGAAAGAAGCAGAUGCAAGGCUCCUUGAAUCGCUUGUCAGAUGCACAUACAUUUCCAAACUUGCACAAUAUUUAGACACCAUAAUAGCUAACUUGCCUCGCAUUGAACUUGAGGCGCUUAAAAGGAAAAAUUGGAAUUAUUCAAGAGAAUGCACCAGGAUCUUUGUGAUUUCCAAUGCGAUUCACCUUAAUUUCCUGCAAGAUAGUACUUUGAUAGCCCACUUUUACAGGCAAAAUUUGGACAAUUGCAACCUUUUUGAAUACUUGUUUAUUUCGAUCCCAUCGCUUCGUAAGAUCAUGUCUGGUUGA